CGUCUAGCUCUACCUUCUUGCUUAUUCUUAUAGUUGACCGAUCACCUUUGGGCAUAACCAACAGCUGAAGACGGAGAGGAUACACCUCUACAGAUAAUUCUGUCUGAGAGAGGCCUGAACUGAUUACUUUGCGUGCCAAUGGUGGACCACCUCCGUACCUAUAUAUUUAAUAAGCACUAGCAGUGACACAGUAGUCCUUCAGAUGUAUCAUCAUAUAUCUCGGCAGAAAAAAAAUGGCGCAACACCUUAUCAAGCAAAACAAAGCUCCUAAUUUUUUCCACUUACAAUGGACAGACUUACUACAAACUAUAAAUUCUAGGUUGUGAGGGGGUUGAUAAAAAACAAACACACAAUGACAUGUGACUGAAUCUUACACAAAUGAGUUAACAGCGACUCACCAGGAAUAUAGCUGAUUCCAGACAUCCUGUGGAAGCAGUACAUAAUCACGCCCUUCUAAUAAACUAUCAUGGAUCUCAAUGCUGCCAUUGCCAUCAUGAGAUGUUGAAUCAUAUAUCAGAUCAGAAUUGUCAAUACCAGCAGGCCGCUUUGAAGAACUCACGGUGUCGGGAUGAUUAUUCAACGUCGAGGAUCCUUCAUUUGUACCAUUUUGCUGCUCUUGAUUGACAUAUUCUAUCCAAUGCUGCCACCAUCUUCUAGUAAAAAGAAUCCGGAAACCAUUAUCAAGUACCAAAAACAAAGGUCAAGCUUCCCCAUGAAUGUCUAAAAACAAUACUCAUUUACUGAUGAAAACAGCCAUAAGAACUCGUUUAUACCAGUACACAGACCAGUGCCUUGUAAUUAGCAUAGUCUACUAGAUGCACACACCAUUGUUUCUUACCAAACUCAUCUUUGUCACCUAGCUCGCUUGUUGCAGCAGUAGCAAUCAAACAGAGAAAGAAGCAAUCCACAUUUUCCAAAAACAGUCACAGAAGGAUAGCUUGAACUAAACUGAAAAGAGAUUCAUGUCUUCCUAACUUGUUAUCUAUCUCCUUAUCAAAACUCUCUCCUCUGAAAGCAUUCGGCAAUCAGGCAAUCCCUAAUACCCAAAAACACCUUCCACCGACAUUCCACUAAAUUCAAUCUACCACAGAGAUAAGCAUGCCAUCUUCCAGUCAAGAGGAAAAGAUGACAAGUUCGGAGCUUUCGAAAUGGAUAAAAGAAAGAGUCGGUGGAACCUUGAGAACACACCUCUGGGUAAUUAAAAAGAAAUCGUCCCCUUCUUUGCUGUUGGCUUCGGCGGCGAGCGCAAUAUCGCGAAUCAGAACCCUCUCUUCCUCCGGCGAUAGCUCUGCGGCGCCGUUGCUGCUGCACAUCGACACAUCGGCCAUCGGUCCGGUGGCGGUUGAUCUGAGACCAAAGGCGACUUGCAGCAGCUUUUCUCUGCUCUGGGUUCUCGGAAAGGCGACAAAUUUGUCGUUGCCUUGUUUGGAGUCACAGUGGGAAGGAGACUCAGUGAGCGGAGCUCGGAGGGUGAAAGAUCCGGUGCAUCCGCGUAUAGAAGAGGUUGCAUCCACGCCCUUAGAUAGUCCGCGCCUCUAAAUGAAAUUUUUAUUUAUAGAGUGUUUAGCUUAAUGUAAUCGUAAAUGAAUGUUAUUUGUUAUUGAUCGAUCGACGAUCGUAUAUUGAUGUUAUUUGGGUUAGAUACAUCAAUGUAUUAAUAUUGUGAAGUUUACAAAUGUAUAAUUUGCCAGAAUAUAGAGUUGACUUAUAUAUUUUCUAUAUUGGGCUAUAAACUUUUAUCGAAUAUCCUCUCACACUAAUUCGUGUCAUCUCCCAUUGUAUGCAUACUUGCCUUAAAACUUGUCAAUAACGCUAUUCGCACUCGACCUAAUACCGUUAAAAGAUAUUAUGAUCUACUAUAACCUUACACCGUGAACUUAGAUCGUGAACAGUCGUCGAUCUGGGUAUAAAAGGGGAAGUGAGCUGAAGGAGAAGGAGAGCUUUUUCUAGGGUUUUAGUUUUUAGAAUAAAGGGGGAUUUCUAGUGAGAGAUUAGGGUUUCCUUUUCCUAUUCUAGAGAGAGGAAAUGUCAUUCAAAGGAGGAAGAAGGAGAUUGGGUUUGCCCUAAGCUAGAGGAGUGAAGAUUCUUACCUCUCAAGGGAGAUUCAAGCAAGGAGGAAGGAAGAUUGUCAUAUCUUCAUGGUUCUUUCUCUCUUUUUUUUUCUUUCUAGAUUUCCUUUGUCUAGCUAUAGAAUAGCCUACAUAUUCACUUGGGUGUUGUGAACCCUAGCUUGAAAUAUGUGAUAGAUUGUAUUAAUUGAAUGCUUUGUGUGUGGAUUUGUGUUUAAUACAAAGUUUGAGGUAUUUUCAUUUCUCAUUACUAUGCCAAUUUGACCUAGGCAGAGGGAAUUCCUCUUUUUGUUAGAGGCUUUGAUAAGUGUAAGACACAAGAAAUUCCAAUUGGGAAUUUAGGGAUUGAGAAGAGAAGAAAUUAGGGAUUUGGAGAAUUGGGGAAGAACAAGAGAGAGAAGAGAGAGACUAGGGAUUGGGUUUUCUGAAUUAUUAUUGCUUAAUUCCCAAAACUAAUGAGCUGUAGUCUUAAGUAGUAAACCGAAAAUAACAUAAAUUACAAGUGUGCCAUCCCCCCCCCCACCCCACCUUCCUUCCUGGCCGAGUUCGGCCCUCCUACUCUACCCCCCCCCCCCCCCCCCCCCCCCCCCCCGGUUGGGUUUCCCACAAUAAGCUGGAUUCCUUGGUCAAUUGAGUCAACUGCCUAGAGAAAACUAGGGCAAACCUCAAACUUCAACUUAGCACUUUAACCUAGGACUCCUAGCUUAUUGUUGCAAUCCUUAACCGAAAUGUUAAGAGAGCUACUAAUUUAUUGUAGCAAUCCUUAAUCCAAUAAUUGAGAGAGCCAAGGUUCCUAGCUUAAUUGUUUUCCUUAACUGGUUGAUUAAGAGAGUGAGGUUUCCUUCACUUGUAGUGCCUUCCUACUAUGUAUUAACACUCCACACAUUUGCAUUCGAUUUGGGCGAUCUUGAUAUGUAGCUAGGGGGAGCAAUACCCGGGUGAACUAUUCUCUCGUUGGGACAACCUCGAUUUACUUUACUUGCUUGUUUUUAUUUGUAUUUUUCUUAAUUUCAAACCCAAAAGUGUUUGCUAGCUAGAUAACAAACAUUAGUGUUGCCUAUAGAAUUGCAAAGAAGUUGUUUUGUGUUUUCCUUUCUUUCGGUCUAACCAUCUUUUUACUUUUACAUACAGACACUCCAAAAACUUAUCACACCUCCAGGGUCUUCUUUUCUCGUGGAGAUGCUGAGGUUUCUGAACUUCCAGAAAGUGGAAAGGUCCAUGGUAGAAAAGAUGACAGGGAACGUCAAGUAAAAGCUGAUUCUGACUCCUCAAAGAUUUCACAUCCUUACUCAGAGGCAUAUGACUAUAGCUGCAUGCCACCACGCGACACGUGGAUGCCUGCCCUGCGCGACACGCGUGAAUGAUGAGCCAGCUCGUCGGAUGAAUGACACGUCAAAACCUUAUCACAAUCAAACUACUUGUCCGGC